UUAUCUUUAAUUUCUCUCUUUUCGUUGCUUUUGUUUCUCAACUCCUCCCACUCUCUCUCUGUUCCAGAAAAUGAGAGAGUCCAGACUCCAGACCCAAAAGGAAAAAGAAAAAGAGAUGCUUUCUGCCUAGCCCUAAUGGACGGUAGAGGUAGGACAGGCAACUCGUACCAUUGCUAUAUAAACCCUUGCGCGUACUGCAUCUACUCGUUCGUCCAAACUACCUACUUUUUAUUAUUAUUAUAUAUGUAUUGCAUUGUUUACUACUUACCUACAAAUCAAGUGCAUCAAUAGAUAAAUUUCCGCUUCCCAUCUCUCUCUCUCUCUCUCUGUAUUAAUCUUAAUUAAUAUUUGUGAUUUUCUUUUGUACGCACGUAGACCUUGGUUUGAAUUUAAAGUACGAAAUUUUAAACCAGACGUAUGCAAUUGUAUCUCUCCAUCCGAAUCCCAUCGGAGGUUUCUUUUCGUCUCAAUUGGGUUGUGGGUUGUGCUUUGAGAAAUAUCAAGGAUUAAUGCUAGCUAGUAUCGCAAGACCAAAUUAAUAUUGAAAGAUGAAGAAGAAAGUAUCUGCACUAGUGAAGCAGAUAAUAGCUGCAGUGAGCUCAAUUGCGAAGAAUAAAACUCUGGCCCUUAGGAGCAAAACCAGAGCCAUAAAGACUCGAAUCAUUAUAUUCUCGUUGCUGAACAGGAGGUUUGUGAUGAGCUCCAUCUCUCACAAGCUCCAGGCUUUGCUAGGGCAGCAGCAACACCAUUACCCUGAAUCUGAUGAUGAUGAUCAUCAGGAAGAUCAAGACCAAAGCAAGGGCAAAGCCGGCGCACUUGUAGUCAACCCAAGCAGCAGCAACAACGAUAUUAUUAAUGUUGUCGUGUCCCACAGAUCCCACCAGCACCAGCCAGUUGAUCUUAUUAUUAAUCCAACUGAUGAUGAUCACAUUCACAUGACGGCGGAUUCGGAGGAUAAUAUUGAUAUUGAUCAUGAUAUUGAUCAUGGGUACUUGCACCACUUGGUAGAAGCUCAAGCUCAAGCUGGGGAUCAUCACCUUGACGUGGAUAGAUAUUGUGAAGAGGAGGAUCAAUUCGAAUCUGUGAUAGAUAUUGUGAAGAACUCAAAGCAACAGGCUGGGCAGGCAUUCAGUCUGGAGGACGACAUAGACCACGUGGCAGACUUGUUCAUAAGGAGGGUCCACCGCCAAAUCACAAUUCAGAAGCAGCACUCCUUCAAGAGCAAGAGGCACCAGUGACGGGGUUGACAUGGCCGCCACCAACCACCUAUUUUUUUCAUUAUUAUUAAAUUUUUUUUUUUAACGGUUGAAAGUAAUUUUCUCGUGUAUCUUCGUCAUAUCUCAUACGAUGUGAUAUAAUCGUAUGAACUGGGCCUAGUGGCAAUUUCCUCUUGAA